AAGUAUGAAGGCUCAAGAUUCAAAGCCUAUAUCUAUAACUAUUCUUUGCAUCGUAGGAAAAACUAUAGAUAAAGCCGCAAUGAGAUUGAUCCUAAUCUUUGUGAUUAUGUGUGGCUUUUACAACGAAACAUAUGGGGAAGUUUCAUUAGAUAUCGACAAGAAAUUGAGGACUCUUAAUAAGCCAGCCUUAGAGACGAUCAAGGUAUGUAUGGGAUCUGAAGGCGCAAUAUAAUAUUUCAUGUGUAGAAUUUGUUUCGGUUUCUGAGUUCCGAAAAUUGAUUGUAAUAUAUUUGUAGAGUGAAGAUGGAGAUGUAAUAGACUGCAUAGAUAUCUACAAACAACAUGCUUUUGAUCAUCCUGCCUUAAGAAACCAUAAGAUUCAGGUAAACAUAUUCUACAUAUUAAUGACAUUUUGUUUUCGUACUCAUAUUAUAUUUAAAUUAUUUAUAAAAGAUUUAUUCAUGAAUUUUCAGUCCUAAAUACUUAUAAAUUCUAUACACUGAUGCCAUGCAGAUGAAACCUAGUGCAGAAUUUGAUGCAAAGACGACCACUAUUCCAAACAACGGUUCUUCUAAACCAAUCACGUCCCAGAUUUGGUCCAAAUCUGGAAACUGUCCCGUUGGGACAAUACCAGUUCGCAGAGUCAGAAGAGAAGACAUAAUGAGAGCCUCUUCACCGUCUCAUUUUGGAAGAAAAACUCAUCACAGAUACAGUUUUCUCGACAAUGCACUUCAACACAAGGCCAAUUUCAAUUUAACUGCUAAAAGAUUACGCGAACCCCGCUCAAACAACCGAUCGGUACGUACACUUUUGCUUUUUUUGACUAAAGAUUAGUGUCACUUUUAUCUCUUUACCACACUACAAAAAAACAGCGACAUACCGAGGGAAAAAAUCGUCGGUAUGUCGUCGGAAUAACACUAUUCCGACGACAUACCGACGAAACAAGUCUUCGGAAAUAACUCCUCGGAAAUUCAUUUUUCUUCGGAAAUCUCUCGGAAAUUUCCGACGGAAUUCCGAGGAAACUCCGAGGACCACCAGUUCGUCGGAAUAUACCGAGUAAAGACUUCUUCGGAAUAUUUCGAUGGACUUUCCGAUGGUCCAAUCCUCGGAAGUCCCGACGAAAUAUUUUUCGGAAAUUUCAUCGGGAAUUUCCGAGAAACGGAGUCCUCGGAAAAUUCCGAGGAAGGGUCCCUCGGUAUAUUCCAACGACUUAUUCCGAGGAAAUGCUCGUCGGAAAUUUCCGAGGGUUCGUUUCCUCGGAAUUUAAAAAUAAAUUAAUUUUUUUUUUAAAUUAAAAUUUUUGAAAUUUAAAUUCGAAAAUAUAAAAUUAAAAUUAAAAUUGAAAACAUAUUAGAUAAUAUUCAAAGUUGUACAAAUAAAAAUAAAACAUUUCGAGUUUUUGAAAAAAAAAAAAACUACGGGUCUUGAACGUUCGGGAACACCUCGUUCGGGUACAUCCUCUUCAUCAUCUCCAUCAUUUGCUCGUUCAGCCUCUUAUGUGCCUCAUAGCCCGCCUGUUGAGCUGCCAUCUGGGUCUCCAACACAGAUAUGCGAUCAUCCUUGUCCUUCAACUGAGCCGUAAGUAUUUCUGGAUCAACAUAGGGCGGUGUUGACCAAAAAAAGAAAAAUAAAAGAAUGUUAUUCAUUAAAGGAUAUUUAUUUUUGUUUAUGGUUUGAAAGAAUAAUUAAUGCAAAAAAAAUCACCAAAGUCCAAAGGAAACGUGUCAAAACUAAAUAAUUUAGUUAAAUAUAUAUAAAACUUCAUAUGGAUAUGGUUACCAUAAGAAACACUUCAUGUUUGUUGAUCAUUUAGGAAGCGAUGAUUGUGGCUCUAGGGUUCAAUUAUCUUGGCGCUCAAUCCGAUAUAAACAUCUGGAACCCUCCGGGAGUUCAGGCUGGGGACUACAGUUCUGCUCAGAUCUCGCUAAUAGGUGGCAUUUCAAAUUCAUUUUUGAGAGCAUAGAAGCUGGUUGGAUGGUACGUACGUUCUUUCAUUUCUAGAAGUGUUACACUUUUCGUUAGUAGUAAACCGUAAACCCCAUGCAUGGUCAUUGAACCAUUUCAGGUGAAUCCAAGCGUUUUCGGAGACUCUCGCACUCGUCUCUUCGCGUACUGGACUGUAAGUAACUUCAUUACAUGAAUACUGAUUUUGGAACAUCUCAAACACCUCAACGAGUUCAUAACUACUCUUUCUUUAUAUUGGAUAUGCAGAAAGAUGCAUAUACUAAAACAGGAUGCAUCAACCUCUUAUGCUCUGGAUUUGUGCAAACAACUACUAAGUUCGCCCUGGGUGCAGCCAUUGAACCUGUUUCGCGUGCCAGGGGUGACCAAUAUUACAUGGCCUUUAGCAUGUAUUUGGUAACAUGUUAUAAUUUAUAUUAUAUGAUCAUUAUCUUUCAUAUUCUGCCAAAUCGUCUCGUAACGUCCGCCAUAUAUACUAAAGAUUAUACGGUUUUAAGUAUUUUACGUUUUUUUCUUCUCUGUUAAUCUAACUUAUUUCAUCUCGACCAUGUUUGCAGGAUCCAAACAGUGGGAACUGGUGGCUGACUUGCGGAAACAACGUGAUGGGUUACUGGCCAGGGACACUCUUUAGCGGUCUCAAACACAGCGCAACGGCAGUGCAGUGGGGUGGAGAAGUCUAUAGCCCUAAUGGGAUAAUGAAGAAGCCACACACAAGAACUCCAAUGGGGAGUGGAAAUUGGGCAUCUAGCCUUUGGAGCCGUGCUUGUUUCCACACCAACCUUAGGAUCAAGGACUUUUCCUUGCAGGUCAAGUAUCCUCAGUAUCUAGGCGAGUACGUGGAUGAGCAUAACUGUUAUUCUACAAAGCUUCACCGGGACACCUACAAGGCAGAGCCGCGUUUUUACUUCGGAGGACCUGGCCAGAAUCCUCUAUGUCCUUGAUCUCAUGUUUGAUGCUUUCAAUGUUCAUUCUCUUUUUUGUUCGUCAUAUUUACAUCUUGGAAUUGCAAAUGCCAACUUAUAUAUAGGACAUAUAAAUCAACAUAGUGCAAAAUAAAUAAUAAAACUAAUGAAUUUCCAUUAUCAACAAAAAAGAUUAGAGAGGGAUUCAAAAUACUGGUUUUCCUAAGAGACAAAUUAUGAAAAACUAGUAGUAAAUUUGCCUUUUAGAUGAUAUACAAUUUGAAUUUGUGCUUGUCCAUAAGUCCAUCUUGUUUUGAAUCAGGAACUGGGAAAAAUGAACUACAAAUUAUUUUUUUCAAAAUAUAAAGAUAAACUAGAUUUUUUUCGAGUUGUGACAAAUGGUUAGCAAUCAAGGAAACACAAUGAAUCAUGACCUUUUUGAACACUUUUUAGUAAGUUGACCAGGAUUUUAGUAGUUAACGCAGAAUCCAUCUUUAGUAAGUCUUUUUUUUUUCUGAAAAAGUAAUCUUUAGUAAGUUGACCAGCUGCAGAUUCUUAUUUAACUAAAUAUACAUGCAUAUAAACAAUUAUAAGAUUUCUGUUUGGCUUGUAAGCAGUAUGAGUUGUCGGAAACAUUUAUGUGUAUAAUACGUGUUUUAUGUUCCAUUGUCAGAUUCUUUUUUUUUCGUCGUUGUCAGUUUCUUUUAAAAGUAACAAAAAGUAAAGUCAAAUUAGUUUUAUAAUCUUAAGUUAUGUCGUGGGAAGUAUUUAGAGAUCUGAAUAACAAAUCAUACAUUAUAUUUCUCUAAACUGAGAAAAACAAAUGGAAAAACAAGCCGCAUUGAGAAUGUUGUUAACCUUUACGAUUCUGUGUUUCUUCUACUAUGGAGUCUACGGGACAGCUUCUACGGAGAUCGAUAUGAAAUUAAGGGCUCUUAAUAAGCCUGCAUUGAAGACGAUCAAAAGCGAAGAUGGAGAUAUAAUAGAUUGUGUGGAUAUCUAUAAACAACCUGCUUUUGAUCAUCCCGCCUUAAGAUUUCACAAGAUUCAGGUAAAGAAACUCUACUUAUGCACGCUUCAUGCACUCGUGCACAAGUCAAAUAUAACAAAAUUACUUGUUCUACAUUUAUGCAUGCAGAUGAAACCGAGUGUGGAACUUGGUUCAAAGAAAAUUAGUAGUCCAAACAACGGUUUUUCUAAACCAGUUACAAUCCAGACUUGGUCCAAAUCUGGUCGAUGUCCUGUAGGGACAAUACCGAUUCGUAGAGUCAGUAGAGAAGACAUAAGCAGGGCCUCCUCACCAUCUAGCUUUGGAAGAAAAACUCCUCACAUACACAACAUUCUAGAAAAAGCACACCAACACAAGACUAAUUUCAGUUUAAUCGCUGAAAAUUUACAUAGCCCCCGUCGGGAUAACCGGUCGGAGGCCAUCUUUUUCGCGGUAGGGUCCAAUUAUCUUGGUGCUCAAUCCGAUAUAAAUAUUUGGAAUCCACCAGUUCAAAAGGGGGACUACAGCUCCGCGCAAAUGUGGCUGCUUGAUUCGGAAAUGACUGAGAGCAUAGAAGCUGGUUGGAUGGUGAAUCCACGCGUUUUCGGUGACAGCCUCACACGAUUCUUUGCAUACUGGACUAACGAUGCAUACCGUAAAACAGGUUGCAUCAACCUCUUAUGCUCAGGGUUUGUGCAAACAAGUAAGCAUUUAGCCCUAGGUGCAGCCAUAAAACCUAUCUCGAGUACCUCGCAUGAGCAAUAUCAUAUAACCGUUAAAAUAUAUCGGGAUCCGCAAAGCGGGAAUUGGUGGCUGUCAACCCACGACAUCGUGUUUGGAUACUGGCCUAGCGCAAUCUUGAAGCACCUACAACAGAGUGCCACCGUAGUGCAGUGGGGAGGAGAAGUCUAUAGCUCUAACGUGAGGAAGAAGCCACACACCAAAACUCCGAUGGGAAGUGGACAGUGGCCAGCUCAGCUCUGGGGCAAGGCUUGUUUCCACACCAACAUUAAGAUUCAGGACGCUUCCAUGCAGCUCAAGGAUCCCCCGCCCCUCGUCGAGUUCUCGGAUGAGGGGUACUGUUAUACUACAAAGUUCCACCAGGAAACAAACAAGUCGGAGCCGUAUUUAUUCUUUGGAGGGCCUGGUCAGGGUCCUCUCUGUCCUUGAUCUCAAUCGUUUUAUAGAGCUUCACUGCUGAUGUAUCAUAGUUUGAUCAUGACUUGCCUGGUCUAGCUAGCCAGAAUAAAAGGACAUUAUAAGCUUAUGAAAUCCAAAUAUUCUAAUAAGAAUGAUCAAACAGCAAGGACGACUUCAAUUUACUGAAUAAAAAUCAAAACAAAUAAGUAUUUUCAUUGUUAGUGGUUAACUAAUAUAAGUAGUCCAAAAAAAAACAUUUGUUGAUGAAGAACUAAUUUAAAUCAAAAAUUACACGCACAAGAAAUUAGAGAGGAAUUAAAAAUACUGGUUUUCCUAAGAGGUUUUUUUUUUUGGAUCAACUUCCUAAGAGACUUGAUUCAUGAAAAGUUAAUUAGGAGAAAAUCUGACGUUUAGAUGUCAUCCUUCAAAUUAUAAUAAAGAUACUUUUAUUUUUCAUUAUCGUUGUUCUUUCUAGGGAUGAACACUUUAUCUGAUAUCCGAAGCCGCACCCGAACCCGACCCAAAAAAACCUGAACCGAAAUUCGAACCGAAGUAGCAAAAUAUCUGAAUGGAUAUUAAAUUAGGAGAAAUUGGAUAUCCAAACUCGAACGGGUAAUAUCCAAACUCGAAUGGACAUCCGAAGAUAACCGAAUAUAUAUAUAUAUAUAUAUAUAUAUAUUUACCCUUAUAUUUCCAAUUUACAUCUCUCAUUUUUUCAAUAUUUAUAUUGAUGUUACACAUACUUUAAGAUCAUAAAUAUAUAUAAUUAUGGAGAAAAUGAUUUGAUAAUCAUUUAAAAUGUAUGUCAAACUUUUUGUUUCAAGUAUUAACAAAAGUUACAUUCAAAGUUUAAAAACAAUACCCAAAUUAAUAUCUAUUUGUUUUUGAAAUAUUAUAUCCAAACCUAUUAAUCAUUCAAUAUAU